AUGGCAGGGUACCUGGCUUUUCUGAAUCUUUUAUUAGUCUCCUACCAAGUUCAAGCUGCCUGUAAUAUCAGUUGGGAAACACUGAACGAGCGGCUCUCCCAGGAGACCUACAAUUUCUAUAACCCGCCAUGGUCUACGAAUGGAGGUGAGAGUAUAGAUGUGAGACUUAAAGUCGGCAUUUCUCAAAUCAAAAGUACAGAAGAGUCCGAUAUAACAUUGACUCUACAUGUACUACAGACCUGGAAUGAUCCGAGAGUAUGUUUCAAUGUGUCCUCUUUACCCUCUGGACAGACAACGGCAGCCCUGGUAUAUCGAAAUCAUGGGUUGUUAUGGAAUCCGGAUGUAUAUCCAGAGGGCGCUGUGAUGUCAACACAGCACGACAUCAUCCUUCCUAAUAUAUUUAUUAGGAUUCAGCCAAAUGGAACGGUUCUCAAGAGUAACAGAUUGUCUCUCCAGAUUACAUGUCCUUCGUCUGACUCCAAGUUUCCUCAUGGCAACCAGCGCUGCACUGUCCGGUUCAAAAGCUAUUCAUUCACAAAAGACGAGAUAUCCCUGAGCUGGCUAAAUGGAGGUUUCGAAAUGCUCGAAGAUCUCUCAUCAAACGUCGACGUAGAGGAUAUUAUAGUGGACACGUGCAAACACGUCUUAUUUUUAGAUGAACAACCUUGCGUUGAGCUGAGCUUGUUGCUGAGGAGAAAUUUCGAUGUAUAUCUAGUUCGCAUUUACCUGCCGAGCGCCGUUGUUGUAUUUUUGUCUUGGAUUAGCCUGUGGAUAGAUGUGCGCCAGGUGCCUGCACGUACGGGGCUAAGUGUGGUUUGUGUGCUGUCACUAAUGACGCAGACCGUCGGGUUGAUGGUGAUCUCUGAUGAUGAUGGAGACGUUUUGGCGGUGGAUGCCUGGCUGAUGGUUUGUCUGCUGUUCACUGUGUGGGCGCUAGUGACAUUUAUAAUAGCUCAUUAUGAAGACAGCGCCAGUCAAAGAAAGGCUCAGGCGGCUGAUAAACUAAUAGUGGAAGAGGGGAAAAAGCCUAAAAGGAAAGCGUGUACCAGUGUAAGAUACAAAAGACUUGAGCGUAUUGUCAAAUUCUUAUAUCCUACAUCAUUUGUUGUCUUCAAUCUGAUCUACUGGGCGUACUUUCUGUCUGUCUGAAAUCCAAUGAAGACAAUUAUAAUCAUCUCCAUAAUUUGAAAGUGUUAACGUAUAAUUCGGGGCUAGACAAGGACAAUACGUAAUAUCCAUUUCGUCCGUAAUGCAUUUGUUACCUCUUGGUAUAAGAAUUUUAACGGUUUCAACUUCUGACAUCUACACCAGUUUUGUAAUUAAGAAUGGUAACAGUACCAGAAAAGAUUUAUCUAUUUAUUGUUGUUUUUAGACUGAACAAGUAAUGUACUAUACCAUGUAAUCUUGUCGACCAGUACAGACGUUCUAAAUAACAGCACUCUCUAGCGUGUCACGUGAUCAUUGGAUAGAUAUUAAUAUAUCAUUGCUACGUGAUCGUUAUGUGCUUGUGUUGUAUUAUUUAAAGCUAAAUUAUAUCUACGGGUUAGCUUUACUAUUUAACUGCAUU